AUGAAUGUCCCAAGUUCUAAAAAUAUAUUGGAUGCUAUCUCCUUGGUUUAUAACAAAAAGAACAACAAAUAUCUGAAGUUGCAAGUAACCAGACCUGGUGUACGGAAAGUGGCCUACCGUAAACGCCCUUCUAUAGAUUCUUCGAAUUUGUUUGAAGAGUCGAAAGCACCUUAUAGGGUGUAUCCACAACUGGAGUUGUCACGUGUGCUAUUCGUCGCUGGCGAGCCCACUAAACAAUUACUAUCAAUCGGCCGUAGCGCUGUUGGUAGCAUGCUGAAAGAUAUUAGUAUUGAAGUUGAGAAUUACAGUUACAUCACAAUCAAGAGGAUUCACAUGUGCUCUUCAUUAUUUCGUAAUGUUGAG